UAUCAUUCCGUAGCACUUCUAUUUCAGGUCUGUCAUUUUCAACACGAAGCACCGCCCAUUCGGUGAUACGCAACUCUUCCUGCAUUCUGUCUCUGCACACACACGUCUAUCCUCAGAGGUACAAUGGUGAACCGCUGUGGUCUGCUAACUGCUCAGAGGGAGCCAGUUCCUCUGAAGAGUGUGGAGGUGGAGCUGGAGGUGAGGGACCAUGUGGCUACAGUGGUCUCCACUCUGAACUAUGAGAACAAGGAGGACAAACCAAUAGAGGCUGUUUUUGUCUUCCCUCUGCCUGGAGACGCUGCUGUCUGUCAUUUCAGUGCUAUGGUUGGACAAACACAGAUUGUAGCUGAGGUGAAGGAGAAACAGAAGGCUCGUGAGGAGUACGAUGAUGCUUUGAGCUCCGGUCAGCAGGCCUUCCUAUUGGAGGAGAGUGAUCAGAGUCCAGAUAUAUUCACUUUGAGUGUGGGCAGUCUGCCUCCAGGAGAGAGCGCCUCCAUCAGGCUGGAGUAUGUCACUGAGCUGGCUGUGCAGGCUGAUGACGGGUUGAGGUUUUGUCUGCCCGCUGUGCUCAACCCUCGCUACCAACCACAGGGUAGUGAAGGUCCCAGUGUCCAGGUGACCUCUGUUCCAGCCUCUCUGGUUCCCUACAGUCUGUCCUUCUCUGCCCGAGUGUCCUCUCCUCGUCCAGUCUCUAAAGUAGAGUCCAACUGUCCCCUGGACCCUCUCCAGUACCUCAACACAGAGCAAACCCAGGCCACGGUCAAGUUGGCUGCAGGACACAAGUUUGACAGAGAUGUUGAACUGCUGAUUUAUUACAAAGAUGCCCACCAGCCCUCUGCUGUGGUGGAGGCAGGACAGACGUCUGCCAAGCCUGGCACUCUGAUGGGUGAUCCAGUAGUGAUGCUGAGCCUGUACCCUGAGUUUCCCCAGGCUGUGAUGUCUUCAGUCGCCUCAUGUGGAGAGUUUGUGUUCUUAUUGGAUCGAUCUGGAAGUAUGGAUUGCCGUACCAAUAACAGCAAGCAGCAAGAAACUCGCAUUGGCAGUGCCAGGGACACUCUGCUGCUCCUGUUGAAGAGCUUACCAAUGGGCUGCUACUUCAACAUCUACAGUUUUGGGUCCAGAUAUGAACACAUCUUCCCUAAGAGUGUGGAGUACAGCCAGAAGACCAUGGAAGAUGCUCUGAAGAAAGUUGAGGAGAUGGGGGCUGAUCUUGGAGGAACAGAGAUCCUGAAACCUCUCAAACACAUUUACAGCCAACCCUGCAUUCAGAGUCAACCAAGACAACUUUUUGUCUUUACUGACGGUGAGGUGGGGAACACCAAAGAAGUUAUCGAUCUGGUGAAGAAGAAUUCAGGUUCCCACAGGUGUUUCUCUUUUGGGAUUGGGGAAGGGGCCAGCUCUGCUCUUAUCAAUGGCUUGGCCAAGGAAGGAGGAGGUCACGCUCAGUUCAUCACAGGGACUGACCGGAUGCAACCCAAAGUGAUGCAGUCACUGCGAUUUGCUCUGCAGCCAGCUGUGGUGGACAUCUCAGUCACAUGGGAUUUGCCAAAGGGAGUCUCUGUCACUGUUCUCUCUCCACCAAUCACAGCACUUUUCCAGGGUCAAAGGUCACUGAUUUAUGCCCAGCUCACUGGACAGAGUUCAGAGGCAGCAGAGGGCUGUGUGACAGUGAAGUACAGCCUGGCAGGUCAUCCCUCUCAGAAUCAACUCAACUUCAGUCUCAAACCCGCAGAGGACACUGGGACCAGACAGUUCACCCUGAUGGCAUGCAGAGUCCAUGGACAGAUGUGUCUACCUCUCUCUCCUGUCUGCAGGUUAACAGUCCACAGGUUGGCUGCUCAGACUCUGAUUCGCUCCCUGGAGAUGGAGGAGAGAGAGCGCAGAGGAGAGCAAGAUGGAGGAGUGAAGAAGAAGGUGGUGGAGCUCAGCGUCCAAUCAGGAGUGAGCAGUGCCUUCACUGCCUUCAUUGCUGUCAAGAAAGGGGACGGUGAGGCGAUUCAAGGACCUCUGCUGCGCAGAAAUGUUCCAACACGCCGUCUGCUCAAUCGUAUCUGUUGUAGUGCUGCAGACAGGGGAUUUUCUGUCCGGGGGAUGAGUAAAGGCUUUGUUUCAAGUCCUUCUGAUCAUUUAUUCGACGUCAAGAUGGCAAGGCCGCCAUCACAUAGAUCAAUACAAAUUGCAUCUAGGUGGGAUGCAAGUGCUGAGCCCCAGCAGCCACUCAGAGACCCUUUUCUGCAGCUGAUCUCCGCCCAGAAGGCGUCUGGCUGCUGGGUGCUACAUCCAGCUCUGGCUGCUGCUCUGGGAAAGACCAGCGAGGAGCUGGAAAACCCAAAACCUGCAUUGGUGAACCAGGAAGUGUGGGCCACCAUUCUGGCUCUGAUCUGGCUUCAUGGUUUCAAGAUGGACGCUCAGCAAGAGUGGGAGCUUCUGGCUAUGAAGGCUGUGUCAUGGCUCCGUGCUCAGAAUGCAGCAUGUGUGACAGAGUGUGUGGAAGCUGGAAAUGCACUGUUGGGUUGCAAAGUGCAGAAGGACGCUCUGGGACUCUGAAGGUGUUCAUCAAACAGGCUUCUCCUUUUUGUACUCAUGGAUAACAAUAAUAAUCAUAUUUUAGCAUUAAAAUAUCAUUUUGGUUAACAGGCUUUUACAUACUGGUGUAUUAACCAUUACAGAAACAUAAAAAAUGAUUUUGGUAAUUCCCAAUGCUGUUAGCUUAGGGCAGCUGUGACAUAAACUUUACAUUGAGUGGUGGUCUAAUAAAUGUGUUAAUUGUUUUACAUAAUUUUGCAUUCAUUUGGUAUUUCAUAUUGUAACAGAUCCCUGGAAAUCUUACACAAGUAUAUGUUUUCUUUACUUUUGUAUCAUAAAUAAAUAUAUAAAUAUAAAUUGUACACAAUAAUAUGUGUAUGCUGCCUGAUUGAAUUUAAUAGCAGCCAACUUUAUAAUAAUAUGUUAAACUGUAAACUGGCUUCUCCUUCAGGAUUGAUACACAGAGCUUUGUAACAAUGAAACCCUUUCAGAAACCUGAUGAAUAAUUACUUAAAGCAAAAUUAAAUAUGUCAAUUUGUCACUGAAAUAACAAAAAAUUAAACUUUGAGGUGGGAGAAGAAUUGUCUGUGUUUCUUGCAGGUUGUGUCCUGUGUUUCCCCAAGCAUGCACUAGUGUUUACUACUCACAACCUUUGGAGGAUUUGCAGUGUGAGCUGUCCCUGUAGUACUUAUAAGCUCCACCAGAUGUCGCUAUAGUUUGACUGCAGUGUCCCUUUUAAAAUGUAUAAACACAAUUCUGCAGAUGUUCAUGUACAAUGUUUUAAAAAAACAUGGGUGAU